AUUUCUCAAUACUAGAUUACCAUCCAUAUUUAUAACAUGGUUAAAUAGUGCUACUGAAAUUAAUUGUUAAACAACGUCAAAUCCAUUCCUGGUCAAUCCAAAUACACCCACUUAUAAACCUAACUAAGAUGGAGAUCAAAUUGCACGUUUGAAUAGUGACGAUCUCUCUCAAAUAACAUGUUCAAAUUUAAUUUCCACUGAAGCAGUUAAAAAUGGGACAAUGCUUAUGUUGUGACGAAAAGGAUGGGGAACUACCCUCUCUCUCAGUGCCUCAACCAGAAACUGCCAGUCUCCCAAGUCCACUGCAAUCUAAUAUUUCAGUUGAUAGAGACAGAAGUUUCCCAUCUCAUGUUAUACCAGCAUCUGAGGCCUCACACUUGAGGCGAAUGCUACCCCAUAUUGACAGUCUUGUUUUGCAGACAUUAGCUGUCAUAGGAAAUUUAGUUGAAAAUGAUCAAGAAACACCUCCUUCAAUGUUAAGAUUACAAGCUCUUUCUAACAAAGGGCAUGGUUGGUUGCUUGUUCUACAUUCCAUGGUUAAUGUAAUACCCAUUAAUGAACCCCUUGGACCUGCUGUCAUCACUCUGGUGCUAGAUGACUGUGCCUUACCAGCAAAGGAUUCCAUUACUAAAGUCCCCCGGAUGUUUUGGCUGUCAGCUAAAGCUAGUAAAAGGGGAAGAUCAGAUCCUAAUCGUCACAGGAAUAUUUGUAUUGCAUUGGGCUGCAUUGCUGAAAAAUUGGCUGGGCCUACAAGUGUUGCUUUGCUAACUGAUAGCACAUUGGAUUACCUUAUAGCCAACCUGGAUCCAUCAAACCACCCACCAGUAGUACUGUUUUCAUUAAUUGCUCUUGAGAAAUUUGCUCAAACAAGUGAAAACAAAAUUGCUCUCAAUAAAAGAUUCCACCAAGAAACCCAGCAUCCACUUUUGGUGUUGGAAAAAUGGAAAUCGACCGACGAUUACAUGAAACGUCAAGUUGGAUUCUGUUCUGAAUGGUGUCUUGAUAAUCUAUUCGUUAGUGAGGGAAGAUCGUUCACCUACGAACGCACAGAUACCAGUGCUAUCAAUGUUAUGCUAAACAGCCAGGAUGUUAGCGAAUAUCUCAAAAUUGCAGCCAAUGGUCUUGAAGCUCGCUGCGACGCUUCUUCCUUUGAAAGUGUCCGCUGUACAUAUCAAGCGGAUGCUGGCAUUUGGUAUUACGAAGCGUUGAUAGUCACACCUGGAAUCAUGCAGAUUGGUUGGGCUACGAAAUCCAGCAAAUUUCUUAACUACGAAGGAUAUGGUAUCGGUGAUGACGAGUUUUCCAUUGCCUAUGAUGGAUGUCGCAACUUGAUUUGGUAUGAAGCGGAAUCCAUACCACAUACACUACAACAAUGGAAACCUGGAGAUAUUUUAGGAUGUUUAUUGAAUAUUGAUCGAGAGGAAGUCAUAUUCUCGUUGAAUGGGGUUGCACUUGGGUCUAACUCACAACUUUUCAAAUCUGCCAAAAGCGGCUUUUUUGCCGCUGCAAGUUUUAUGUCGUUUCAACAGUGCGAAUUCAAUUUCGGAAGUAAACCAUUUCAUUUUGCACCCAGAGGAGUUGCCGUGUCUGCUUUCAAUGACCACGCAUUGUUAACAGCAGAGCAAAAAAUUAUAUUGCCAAGGUCGAAGAAAUUAGAGCAGUUGAGACUCACCAACAUCCACGAAGAUUCUUGCUCAUUAUGCUGCGAUGCACCUGCCAUCAUCACACUUUUACCUUGCCGUCAUCAAGGGUAUUGCAGUGGUUGUGCUCGACAAUUGGAAUCUUGUCCCUUGUGCCGUUCUUCAAUCCAAGAACGGGCUGUUCUAGGCUCUUAAAGAUAACAGAAUAUUUUUUUUUUUUUUUUGUUUUCAAAUUUAUUUUGUUUUUUGAAUUUGAGGGUCUUCUUGUCAAUUUAAUGUUGUGUUCUUGUCAACGUCCACAAGGAUCGAGAAACCUCGCAUCCCAUGUUUUGAAAGUAACCCUCUCCCGCUUGUUGUGAUAUUGAUACACCGUUGAUAAUAUCGUAAGACUUUUGACUGUAUAACAUUAAUCUGUACAUGUAUAUCUGAGAAAUUGAAAUACUUAUUCGACUGACCGAUUUGA